AUGAACACCUCCUUGUCUGCCUACCAGCUCUUUUGCAUCCUUCCCGUCUUGGCCGUGGUGCUCUUUAUCGUUGCCAAGGUUUUCUCCAACCGCCGCUGCAGUUCCCCGCUGGACGGCCGUGGCUACGCCGUGCUGAUAACGGGCUGUGACAGCGGCUUCGGAUACGAGCUGGCUCGGUGCCUGGACCAGAGAGGUUUCGUGGUCUUUGCCGGCUGUUUGUUUCCGCAGGGAAAGGGCGCCCAGAAUCUGGCCAGAGAGAGCUCGGCUAAUUUACAACUCCUCAAGCUGGACGUGACCAGUGAUGCGGAUGUGCAGCAGGCGAAGAUCGUGGUCCACGACAACCUGCCGGAAAAAGGUCUGUGGGCUGUGGUCAACAACGCUGGUAUUUCAGACUGGGCAGAGAUAGAAUGGAGCACGAUUGAAGACUUCCGCCACAUGGUGGACAUCAACCUGUUUGGCUGCAUCAGGACCACCGUGGCCUUCCUGCCUUUGCUGCGCGCUACUAAAGGCCGCAUGGUUUUCGUGUCGAGCAUCUUUGCCUUCUUCAACUGCCUGAACAUGGCCUGCUACAGCGUGUCCAAGCGAGGACUGGAGGCCUUUGCCGACUGCCUGCGGGUGGAAAUGGCCAGCUUCGGUGUGAAGGUGAGCAUCAUUCAGCCAGGUAACUUCGGCCAAGCCACCAACAUCGUGAAGAUGAAGACGGUGUCAGAUAUCUGGGCUAAGUUCGAUGACGAGCGCAAGCGAACCUUCAACCAAGCCUACAUUAAGAUGGCCAUCGAGUACUUUGUCUCAACGUGCAGGACGGGAUUCACCAACGCGGAGAAGGUCAUCCACGCCAUGCUGCACGCAGUCACGGCGCCCUCCCCGAAUCACAGAUACAUGAUCGUUUCAGCCACCGAUCGGGUUUUCUUCCAGCUCUACCCUUAUCUGCCCACGGCUCUCACGGACGCCGUCUUUUCUCUCAGCUCCAUGUACGCUAAAAGGAGAGAAAUGCUUUAUUUCAAGUAGAUUUUACAAGUACCGUAUUUUCCGCACCAUAAGGCGCCCUGGGUUAAAAGCCGCGCCUUCAAUGAACGGCAUAUUUCAAAACUUUGUCCACCUAUAAGCCGCCCCGUGUUGUAAGCCGCAUCUAACUGCGCUAAAGGAAUGUCAAAAAAACAGUCAGAUAGGUCAGUCAAACUUUAAUAAUAUAUUAAAAACCAGCGUUCUAACAACUCUGUUCACUCCCAAAAUGUACGCAAAUGUGCAAUCACAAACAUACGUAUAUCAACAUGGACGGAGGUGCGUGAAAAAAGCCACCCGGCCUCUUCGCGUAAACUUAAACUUACCUUAACCACUCGCUCAUCUUUUCUUCAUCCAUCCCUUCGAGUUAGCUUUUAUGAUGACGCCGGCUGGAAAGGUCUCUUUUGGCAAGGUCUUCCUUUUGAAUAUCACCAUGGGUGGAAGUUUCUGGCCAUUAGCAUGGCAAGCUAGAACCACAGUGAAGGAUGACUUCUCAUUCCCUGUGGUGCGAAUAUUCACCGUACGUGCUCCCGUUGUAUCCACAGUGCGGUUCACAGGAAUAUCAGUUGCUGUGAAAUAGUAAUCCGUGUGCGGAUGGAGAGAUUGCGUCUUUUCAUG